AUGCGUGAUGGCCCGGGUUACAGCGCAGGAGCAGAGGUUACGUUCCUCGUCUACUCCUCGGUGACCCCUCGCCCCGUCUCUGAAGAGGCUCUCAGACGGGUGUCAAACAGUGGCUUGAAUGAAGGCCUGCUCAUUGACUUUUCCCAAGGAGUCGCGGCCAUGCAGGGCUGGCGGGUGUCUAUGGAGGACGCGCACAACUGCAUCCCGGAGCUGGAUGAUGAAACCGCGAUGUUUGCGGUCUAUGAUGGUCACGGAGGUGAAGAGGUUGCUUUGUAUUGCUCCAAGUAUUUACCUGACAUCAUUAAAGAGCAGAAGGCGUAUAAGGAUGGCAAACUGCAAAAGGCUCUGGAAGAUGCGUUCCUGGCUAUAGAUGCCCGAAUCACCACAGAGGAAGUCAUCAAGGAACUUGUUCAGAUAGCUGGACGUCCUCAGGAUGAAACCGAAAAAGUAGCAGAUGAAGAUGAUGUUGAUAAUGAAGAAGCAGCUCUGCUGCAUGAAGAGGCCACCAUGACAAUUGAGGAGCUGCUUAGCCGCUUUGGACAGAACCAAAACAAAAAUGGCAAGAAGCCGUCUCCAGGUGCCUCUAAAGAGUCUGAGGAUGAAAAGAAAUCUCCUGCUGAGAAGGGAAUCAAUGGUGAGACGGGAAGCAGGGCUUCUGGAGCGGACAGCAAUGGGAAGGAGAAGGCAGCCGCUGCUGGAGAUGCGGCCGGAGGCUCCAGGAUGAGGGCCUGUAGACGGGCGGCUGCAUCCGGUGCGAGUAGUGGCUCUGCUUCUGAUGGAUCUGCUGAGAAGUCAGGGACGACUGGGGAUGCUGGUCCUUCCUGCUCCUCAUCUGCAGCUCCUGCUCCAGGAAGUGCCAAGUCCAAGUUCUUCGAGGACAGUGAAGAGUCAGAGGAGGGAGAAGAUGAAGAGGAGGGUAGUGAGGAAGAGGACUGCAGUGAGGAGGACGGUGAGAACAGCAGUGAGAACGAUGAAGAGGAUGACACAGAAGAGGGAGAGGAAGAGGAUACCGAUGAAGAGGAGGAAAUGUGCUUGCCAGGCAUGGACGGAAAAGAGGAGCCAGGUUCAGACAGUGGCACCACAGCUGUAGUUGCUCUCAUUCGUGGGAAGCAGCUCAUCGUGGCCAACGCUGGAGACUCCAGAUGUGUGGUGUCUGAAAAGGGAAAGGCGGUGGACAUGUCCUACGACCACAAACCAGAGGACGAGCUGGAGCUGACCAGAAUCAAGAACGCUGGUGGGAAGGUGACGAUGGACGGCCGUGUCAAUGGAGGCCUGAACCUCUCCAGAGCGAUUGGUGAUCACUUUUAUAAAAGGAACAAGGCUCUUCCCCCUGAGGAACAGAUGAUCUCUUCUUUACCUGAUGUCAAAGUGCUGACUCUCAAUGAAGACCAUGAGUUUAUGGUUAUUGCCUGUGAUGGCAUUUGGAAUGUGAUGAGCAGUCAAGAAGUGGUGGACUUUGUAAAUGAGAGAUUGAAAACUGAGGCUGGUAAAAACAGACCCCUUGCCAUUAUUGAAGAGCUGCUGGACCACUGCUUAGCUCCAGACACCUCAGGAGACGGCACAGGAUGUGACAACAUGACCUGUAUAAUUAUCACCUUCCCCCCACACCUUGGGAACAGCAUAGGUGAGAGCACCAAGAAGAGAAAUCUGGAGGAAACCGCAGCGGAGGAAAACGGCAACGACAGCAAAAAACCCAAAACUGAAUAGAGGUGCUGCUGUUGAGCGUGCUGAUCAUUUUCAGGACACUUUCCCGUUUGAACACAGACCACUGGGAAAAAUUUUAAGGAUAGCUCCAUAAGAAAGAGCGUUUUAGUUUUAAACGAUUCAAAGACGCAAGCAACUAGAACUGUUAACCCAGACCAUUUGUUCUUUGAUCUGAUUUGUUUAAUAUGUCUGUCAACAAUAUACAUAAUUGAUAACUGAAUAAACAAAGCGCAGUAUGGUAGCAGAGAUGAUGGCACACACGAGUCGGUGUCCUCCUGAUGUAUCUGUCUCCUGCAUCGUACCCUCGUUUAUGUACAUAGUGUUUUCCAAUAACUGUCAACUUUUUGAUUUAUUUUUCUUUUUUUAGUAGUGGAUCCUUGACAGUGUUUGUGACCUUUUUUCUGAACACCAAUAUGUUAUUGAUCAAAUGCUUUCUUUUUUUUUUUUUUUUUUAAAUGUGAUGAAAGCUGCUUGUUUUUUUUUCCUGAUGAAGCCAUCGUCCACACAAUAAUCCUGUUGAAAUGCUCUGAUGCUGAAGUACACAGACAUUCCUUUCUCCCUUGUUUCUUGUUAGUGAAGAACAUCCUUCUGUUUGCAUUGUCAUUGAUCCUAAUGUCUAAUAAAUAGGCUUCUUUAAUUUCCAUCAGAAGGCGAACAUUGGGAUCAAUACCUUAUUUGGAAAUAAUUCAGUAAAUUGCAGUUAUAGAGUAGAAAUCCUCACUGCAGAAUAGGGAUUUUCUCAUUGUCCUCAGUCUUGAAGCAUCCAUCUAAUUCAUUAUACGACGUACUUUGGAAUAUAUAUUUUGGUACUUUUUCAGAACAUCUUGGUGGGUUGUACAGGGAAGUCAUUGCUCAGAACUACAAUUUUUUUCUGUAUCAAUAAACAAGUGGAGACGA